AUGAGGAAACCUGUAAGUAGUAACAAAGACAUUUUUAAGAGGGAAAGUGACAGUUCAAAGAUAAAAAAGUUGAUGGGGAACAUAUCGCCUCUUUUUUUUAUGAGUGAAUUUGUAUAUAUUUUAUUUUUACGUUACAAUGACUAUAUACUAAGCACAAGAUACAAAACAGAAGUAAAUGAAGAUACGAGGAAGAAUAUAUAUAACAUUUUAAUAUUGCUUUAUUUUUCAAAGCCUUUUUUUGCAUUCUUAACGGAUAAUGUAUAUUUUAACAUAAAUAAUACACUCUGUUUUUUGACAAGAAAGUUAUACGAAUUUGGAAAUUUCUUGCAGAAAUUAUUUUAUCAGUGUAGCAGAACCGUGUGUAAGGGGAAAAAUUUUUUUUUAAAGAUAUUUUUUAGAAAAUAUAUGAAAGAUGGGGUUUUAUCAGGGUCACGAUAUUUAAAAAAAACAAGUUUGUGUAAAUAUUCGUAUAUUGAAAAUUUUGCGCAUUUGCCAUUGAAUAGAAAGUAUUACAUUGUUAUAAGUGAAUUUAGCACAACCUUGUUGUUAUUAUUUAUAUAUCUUUUCCACAAGAAGAUAAAUUAUUUUUUUUACUUAACUAUCGUUUUUCUUAUUUCUAGUCAAAUGCUAUUAUCGUCAUGCGUUUUUGAAGGAAUAGUAGUUGAACGAUGUAGAAAGCAAAUGCGCGUUGAGAAAAUUUUUUAUAUAUCUUAUGUAAUGUGUAUAAAGAUAUUUUGUUCCCUAAUAUUGUAUUAUAUGUAUAUUUUAAAAAUAAGUAUUUAUAUUUUAAUUUUAAAAAGUUGCGCCAUUUUUAUUAUUUCGUGCUUAUGUAGCGAAGAAACGCUUUUAUUAAAUUCAAAUUUCAAAGCACAGCGUAACAUAAUACAGAAGAGUGAAAAUGGAGGCAUACGUGUAAAAAAUACAAUAGACUUAUUGCCACAACUUGGGAUUUUGAGGAAAAUACUCUUUAAAGAAAAUUUAUUUAAAAUACUCUUUCUUUUAAUCUUAUUCAAUUCAUCUAUUGACACUAAAUUUUCCAUGCUGCAAUACGGUGUCCAGAAUUACAGAUGGCCUCAUUCCUUGAUUAAUUACAUCCCUUUAGUGUCACAAUCCUCCAAAUUAAUAGGAAUCUCCAUUUUCCAGCUAUACACGAACAAAAAGUGCUAUAAAAGUUACGCAAUGAUAACCAUACUAUUCAACAUUCUUUUUAAAAUAGCUAGCUUUAUUUUUUUGUAUUAUAACAAGAACACGUAUGUUAGUCCCUUCCUAUUUUUACUGAAUAUAAUAGUUCAGAAUAUUUCUAUAAAAAUUUUAGCCCUUCCCAUACUACUAUUGUGUAUAGAAAAGGCACCAUUAAAUUUGGAAUCCACCUUAAUUAACAUAUACAUUUUUUGUUUUAACUUUUCAAAUUUAAUUAGUAAAAGAUAUUUCAUGUGGAAUAUAAUUUUGCAAAUGUCAAAAAAUGUCUUUAUAAUUUUACUUCUUUCCUUUCUAACUACAUGUAGUAGUUUACUGUACUACUUCAACAUAUCGUUAGAUUCGUUAAACAGCUUGAAUUCACCAUUAUCAUGUUUGAACGAAAAGGAAGAUCUUAAUUUAAAAUUAAAUAAAUUUGAGAAAAAAAAAUAUGUAUCUCCUGAUGAUCCAUUUGAUACAUACGAGAAAAACCCUGCAAAAAAGUUUGUUCGUUUUAGAGAAGAAAAUAUAACAACAGAAAAAUACAAAAGGGAACAGAACAAAAAUAAAACAAACUUAUUUAAAAAUGCUCCUGAUUAUAGUUCAGAUAGUGAUGAUAAUCAGUGGCUCAUAAUUGACAAUUUGAAGGGAAACGGAAUAAUGAAAAGUCAAAGAGAACCAACGCGCUUGAACAUUUCAAACAUGAUGUUGUGA